AUGGAGAUGGACACCUUCGGCAUUGACCAUCGCUUCCCUCACCACCAUUUGGCCGCCGCACCACCACCAUCACCACCACAGCAAAUCCGCCGCAAGCGCAGGGCCGAAGCGCAGCCAGAAAGCAAUGAGCGGUUAUCGAAGCGUAUGAGCUUAUUGAAUCUAGAAAAGUCGGGCACUAAAUUGUACGUCCCGGUCGAGAAUUCUCUGGCGCAGUCAGCUACCUUCCCUACGCCCAGCUCUACAUCACAAUGCGGCAACAGCAGCACCAGACGCAAGCCAGCGCCAAGCGCACAGGAUGACGCCAUGAUGCAGCUAGACAACUCCAAGUACAAGGUGUACAUCUACAACAUGGAGGACGAGCUGUCGUCGGAGAGCGAGGCCGAGGACGGCGGCAAGCUCGUGUUCCUACCCGACAUUGAGAAGCACAUGCGCUCGCAGAGCAUCCUGCCCGCGCACAUGCUCGCCGCAAGCGCCGGCCGGCCCGACGCCGCCGAGCUCGCCGGCAAGGAGCUCGUCCUCUACAGCGUCCCCAACUCCAUCUCGGUGCCCGAGGAGCAGGACAGCGUCCGCAAGGCCAUCAUCGAGGCCCGCGCCCGCGCCCGCGAGAAGCAGAUGGCACACCGCGAGGGCUAUCACUCCGUCCCGGCCCCGCUUACUCAGGCCCCAGCCGUCUCACCGGCCUUCCCCACGUCAGGGUUUACCCCGCAAGCUGACGGUGAUGACCAGGACGCAAUGGAGCUUGACUGA